AUGAGCUCCGAUCGAAUGUUCGGAAAGGACCCCGAUCGAGCCCUUUUCGUGUACAACGCCUGCUACACUGAGGAAGAUUCCAAGGGUCAUGAUCAGCAAGAUUGGAGGCAGUAUGCCCCAGGUCUCAGACUAGAACAUAUUCGUGCUCCUCAGACGAGAUUUCAGUCUGCUGAUCAAGAGUACAUUCUACAAGACGCGUGUCAGGGUACCCAAGGCUACCUGCUCCGCAAGCUCGGCCCUGAGAUUAUUGAUUACGAGAUUCUUCAAUGUUGGCUUAGGUACUGCAAGCGCCAUCAUACAGGGUGUACUCAAACCUACGAUUGCUUUAUUCCUGGCCUCAAAGUCAUUGACUGCACCACUGGAAACGUCAUCGAUGCACCUGAGGAUGAAGCAUUCCAUUACGUAGCCUUAUCUUACGUCUGGGGUGGUGCACAAAGCUCUGGAACAUAUCAUGGCAAAUUUCCAGGGACGAUAUGCGAUGCCAUCACCGUUACGGUACAGCUAGGAUACAGAUACCUAUGGGUUGAUCAGUACUGUAUUAACCAGCUGGCUGCGGGACACAAACAAGCUCAGAUACAACUCAUGGGCCGCAUUUACGCCGAGGCAGAGCUAGUCAUCAUUGCUGCAGCUGGCAGCUCGUCCAAUUAUGGACUGCCCGGUGUUGGUACCAAAGCCCGAAAGGCACAGAGAAGAGCACGACUAGAAAACGAUGUUGAGAUGAUCGAAAUGAACGAAUCGGAUCAUGAACUACACACGAACAAGGAAGUCUUAUACUCCACUGAUGGAGAGAGCGAAGAAAUCGAACUUGUUUUCAAGCUGUGGCUUGACACUGAACUCACAGAAUUGGACUUGAAUAACACUGUCAAAGCGAUACUGGUCUCUGACAGCACUAGAAAAGACAGGGACAUAGAACCAUAUUCACUUGGUCCCGCUUUCAUGAUCCUCCAAGCAGUAGGACAACAUUACAAGAGGAUCGGCAUCACAGACUAUGAGCAUCGCUGCUGGAUCCUAAAAAAGGAAACAGGGAUGAUCAGAGAGAAGCCUCGUGGUCUUAGAUUAUCAUACGAGGCCUGUACAGGCAGCGAGGAAGUCAUAUAUAUUGAGUGA